CAGCGGUGGGGGUGGGGGGGCCGGGCACCCAGCCUCCUGCCCCACCCCCUGGCGUCGGCACCGCGGGCCAUCUGGGGCCGCUGCCCCCGGCUGCGCCCUCCCCGCCGGCCAGGCCCUGGAGGGACCCGGGAGCUGCCGCCGGCAUCAGCCCAUGGCCCGGAGGUAGAUGAGCUGCCCCACUACCCCGGCAUCGUGGACAGCACCGCAGCCCUGGCUGGCUUCUCGGAGGCAGUGUCCUCGGCACCGAGAGCCCCCGGGCCCUAUGGCCCCCACCGGCCUCCCCAGCCCCCAGGCUUGGACAGUGACGGCCUGAGAAGGGAGAAAGAUGAGAUCUAUGGCCACCCACUCUUCCCGCUGCUAGCCCUGGUCUUUGAGAAAUGUGAAUUGGCCACGUGUUCUCCCCGUGAUGGGGCUGGGACUGGGCUGGGCACACCCCCGGGCGGUGACGUCUGCUCCUCUGAUUCCUUCAACGAAGACAUUGCAGCCUUUGCCAAGCAGGUCCGCUCCGAGAGGCCCCUCUUCUCCUCCAACCCAGAGCUGGACAAUCUGAUGAUACAGGCCAUUCAAGUGCUCCGCUUCCACCUGCUGGAGCUGGAGAAGGUCCACGACCUGUGCGACAACUUCUGUCACCGCUACAUCACCUGCCUCAAGGGGAAGAUGCCCAUCGACCUGGUCAUCGAGGAUCGGGACAGCAGCUGCAGAGAGGACCUCGACGACUACCCGGCCUCCUGCCCCAGCCUCCCAGACCAGAAUACUACAUGGAUUAGAGACCAUGAAGACAGCGGGUCUGUACAUUUGGGGACCCCAGGUCCAUCCAGCGGGGGCCUGGCCUCUCAGAGUGGGGACAACUCCAGUGACCAAGGAGACGGACUGGACACCAGUGUGGCCUCUCCCAGCUCUGGGGGAGAGGAUGAGGAGCUGGACCAGGAGCGGCGGCGGAACAAGAAGAGAGGGAUCUUCCCCAAGGUGGCCACCAACAUCAUGAGAGCCUGGUUGUUCCAGCACCUCUCGCACCCGUACCCCUCAGAGGAGCAGAAGAAACAGCUGGCGCAGGACACGGGGCUCACCAUCCUGCAAGUCAACAACUGGUUCAUUAACGCCCGGCGUCGCAUCGUGCAACCGAUGAUCGAUCAAUCCAACCGUACAGGGCAGGGUGCGGCCUUCAGCCCAGAGGGCCCGCCCAUGGCGGGCUACACCGAAACUCAGUCACACGUGACCAGCAGGCCUCCAGGAUCAAUGGGGAUGAGUUUGAACUUAGAAGGAGAGUGGCAUUAUCUGUAGAGGCUGAAGUCAGGAGAAAUACCCCACCCUCUGGACUGUGACCGCUUCAGGCUCUUACCUGCUUCCGGUUACCACCUGGCCCACUUCCUACGCACCCCCCCCCCCAACUCAAUGCCUACCUCCCUGGGACCCUGCUGUGACAUGAGGGGCCUGAGCGCCCACUCGAGGGUCUCUCACGGACAAAGACAAGGCCUCCCAGCCCUGCACCCCACUGUGCCAUCACCUCUGCUCAAAACCCAAGCUGAGAUCUCAGGCCUGGGUCUUCAGAAGAUGCCGGCUGGGGACACCCAGGACAGAGAAGGGAUUGGGGGUGGGCUGGGGCCAUCAGGGAAGGAAGGUCACCUGGAUCUGACAUUUGGGGAGGUUCCCUUCAUCCUCCCAGCCCGCCACCCUCUUUCCCCUCUCCCCCUACCUCCCUCUUCUGUUGUCUUCUCUUUUUUUUAAUGAUAAAGUCUUAAAAAGCCA